UAUCCGUCAUGUAGGGGAAAUGUUUGCCCUUUCCAGUGUGGUAGUGGUGGAGAGGGUGGCGUGGAGGCGGCCAGUGGUGUGGAGGGGGUGUGGCUGAGGUGAAAUGUCCUCAGCAGCGUUGUCUUGUGUGAGGAAUGUGUGAGUGGCAAAGUCCAUCGGGUCACUGAGCAGUGGUGUGAGGAAGACCAGAGUCCAUCUAGAUGACCCUCGGGACCAUGAACCAUGACGCGGACAAAGAGGAUCUCAUACAGCUAGAGCCUCUGGUGCAUCAAGUGAGUGGCCACUCCUCCAUGUUUGUCCUGGACGAUGUGACGGUGUGCAAGCCUCUCAUCGGCCGGGAGUACAUGUUCUACCGCACCCUCCCGCCUGAAAUGAAGCAGUACACCCCAGAGUUCCAUGGCACCUUACGAGUGGUCCUUCAGGAGGCCCAUGAUGGCCUCACCUUGGCUGCCUUGCCCAACAAACAGAUUCCUGCCCCGAGGAACACUCAAGGACCUCAGCAGCAGCAGCAGGGAAGGUGUCUGCGUCAGGUGUGCUCAGGUAGUGUAGAGGUAGAGAGUGAAGGAGAGGAAGAGUCUCCCUGUAGUCCACAAGAUUCCUCUAGCCUCUCCUGCAGAGCUUCCACCACCACCACUACCACCGCCACCACCACCACUACAGCUUUGGCACCACUCCCUCCUGACUCACACAAUCCUUGGCUGCAGCAGUGUCACCAAACAACACUUCAUAAACUCAAGCAGAAGUCUGACUCCUCCAAUGUUGUUGAAUGCAUUAUGCUGGAGAACCUCACCCACAAGUUCAGAUAUCCCUGUGUGUUGGAUCUGAAGAUGGGCACCAGACAGUAUGGGGAUGAUGCUCCUGAAAGCAAGCGCAAAAGUCAGACUGCCAAGGCUGCCAACACCACUACUAUCACCCUUGGUGUCAGACUGGCAGGGAUGCAGGUUUACAACAAAGAGGAGAAAGGUUACCACUGCAAGAACAAGUAUUAUGGCCAGCAGCUUUCAGAAGAAGGUUUCAAGGAAACUCUUCUGCGUUUUCUCCACAAUGGCCAUGGACUUCGUCUUGACAUUGCAGACAGGAUUAUUUCAAGAUUAGAGGAACUUAGUUCAAUAAUAUCAAAAUUAGACUCAGUAAGAUUCUUUACUUCAUCUUUAUUGAUUCUUUAUGAUGGGUUUGACCCAAGCGGAUCAAUUUUUAGUCAGCCAGACUGUAAGACUGAGAGAAAGAGAGAGCCUUCAGAUCACACCAGACUGAGCCAGUGGGCAGACCAGCAGGGUGAAGGCUCCAGUCUGCCUCAGGACAAGUGGUCAUCCAAAGAUUCCUGCCUGCCACCCAUCACAGUGUCUCAUCCGGCCUACAUUCAUGAGAGGCCAAGCCCUGGAAGAGGGAAGGCCUCCAGGGAGCAGGUGAGCAGGUGUGAGUCUGAUGCCUCGAGUAAGUCUCAGGGCUGGCACAGAAACAAGCACCACCGGCCGCCCAUUGAUAUCCGCCUCAUAGACUUUGCCCAUGCCACCCACAAAGGCAUGGGGGACUCCAAACUGUACAGUGGGCCAGAUGAAGGGAUCUUGUUAGGCCUUAACAGUCUCAUCAAAAUUUUUACUGACAUUAGAGAUAGAUAUAAGCACUGACCUGUAGUGGACUUCUAUCUUCGUGUCUGCCCAUCACUCUCUCUCUCUCUCUCUCUCUCUCUCUCUCUCUCUCUCUCUCUCUCUCUCUCUCUCUCUCUCUCUCUCUCUCUCUCUCUCUCUCUCUCUCUCUCUCUCUCUCUCUCUCGUGUGUGUGUGUGUGUGUGUAUAUAAUCAUUAUUGUCUAUGUUAGACACCAUAUCUCACAUUCAAAUUCAUCACUUCAUAAGCAUUUCAGUGUGUUGUGUAUGUAAAAUAUGUAGUUGUAUAUUUACUAUUCCAUGUGAAAAGUUGUAUAUAAGAUGUAUAAAUUCUAUAUUCCAUAAUCAGAGUAUAGAUUUAGCUGCCUAUGACUUAGGCAUUCUUGACUCAUAUUAAGUUUUACGAUAAAAAUCUCACAUGUAAAUAUUGUGUUGUAUAUUACAAUAUAGUGCCAAAGCACCACCAAUCCAAAUAUCUGUUCCAUAAAGAGGAACUAAAAUCAGCAUGGUAGUUUCAAGUGACACUGAAUUGGGUAGUGAAAUAUUCACCAAGUCACAAAGGGUCAAACCCUUUGAGGAAAACCUCCCUUGAGUUGUAGAAAUGUAAGAUGAACUUUUCAGCACAUCAAUUAUCUGCUUUCACCUCCAAGGUCAGCGUUGUUGCUGACAGGAGCGUACCCAGCUUUGAUGUGAAUCCCACUACGUACAAGAGAGAGAAAGAGAGAUUGUGUACACACGCUCUCUCACACACACACACACACACACACACACACACACACACACACAUUCACAUACUUAAGGAAGAAGUUUAAUUAUUCCUACAGUUGCUUGAUGUGCUGCACUAUUUUAUCAGAGUUAAUUUUACAAUAUGAAUGAAUAUUUUAUGUCAAAUUACUUUGUUGCAUUUUUACCUUUGUAUACAAGGAAUGCAAGCCUCAUGUAUUGGUGAAAAGGAUUUACUCCUAUUAGAGAGAAUGUGGAAUGUCAUUGUCAUGGAGCAGGUGCAGUAUACUGGUGUGGCAGUGUCAUGGAGCAGGUGCAGUAUACUGGUGUUGCAGUGUGGUGGGAUCAGUGAGGCACACUCUCCUGGCUCUGCCUUUCAAGAUUGUCACUUGGUUGAUGACAAGUCUUAGAUCAGGUAUGUAAAAUGAAGUGUUUAAGAGCAAGUAGAUUUUGUUAAAAAUCAGCUUGUCAACAAUCUCCACCCUGCUUACUUUUCUGCAUGGACUUUGUCAUGAUCAAUGAGUCAGUUGUUAUUAACCAGAGAUCAAAUAUAACUAAGUUCAUGGCCGUGAUUGAAUCCUACAGAGCAGCAGCCAACCCUCUGAGAAGGGAACAGCUUGAAAAGUUAGGUAGAUUUUACCAAAAGAAGGCAAGCUAACAUGAAUAGGUAUGUUACAAUAACAUACACAAACUGGUGGUCAGUGGGUGGCUGAGUAAGACAUCUCAGCUGUCCAACAACCAAAGCUAGCAACUGUUACACUUUUCUUGAGAUAAAAUUUGGUGUUUCAACUCAAAUAUGUAUUAGACUCAAAGACUUGAUACAUGAUUCAAAGAUCACACACACACACACACACACACACACACACACACACACACACACA